UUUUUUUUAAAGUUAAACAAGAAGUGAGAGUAUGUCGUCGUGGUUAUUAUCCACACUCUCUUCUUCUGCUUCUUCAUGUUGUUUUGUAAAACCACCGCCAAGAAAAGCAGCCUCCUGCUGCACCACUCCACCUGCUUGUUUCCAUCGUCAUCAUCACCACCAAGAAGCAGAAGCAGCAACAAUUAGUAAUACUAGUACUAGGAGUUUAACAAACAUUUUAAAUUCGGGUGUCAUUGCUUGUCUUCGAACCCAACGAGGUGAUGUGGCCUUGGAAGCUGCCCGUGCUGCAAUUUCCGCUGGCAUCUCUGUCCUUGAAAUUGUGGUUUCUACCCCUGGUGUGUUUCAGGUUUUAAAUCAAUUGGUGCAGGAUUAUCCGACUAUCACUCUUGGAGUUGGCACUGUUUUGACUACUGAGGAUGCCGAAAAUGCCAAAAUUGCUGGAGCAAAGUUCAUCAUGAGUCCUGCAUUUGUAAAGGGUAUUUUGGAUCAAGUAAGUGAUGAGUUGCUAUAUAUACCUGGUGUCAUGACCCCAUCAGAAAUUUUGUCAUCAUAUAAUGCUGGUGCCAAAAUUGUGAAGGUAUAUCCUGUUUCAGCAAUUGGGGGUGUUCAGUACAUAGCAACUAUGAAAAAGCCUUUUCCCCAUAUUCCUAUAGUUGCAUCUCAAGGAAUAACAAUUGACUCACUCGGAGAGUACAUUGCUCAUGGAGCAUCAUCAGUUGUCUUAUCUGAUGCUAUAUUUGAUAAAGAGGCAAUUGCUCAGAGGAACUUUAAUUCAGUAUAUCGACUUGCCCAACUUGCAGUUUUGCAAGCGAAUAAAGCUGUAGAAAGGAAAAGAAAGAGCUGAUGCGGACAAUUUCAUGCCAGCAUGUCUGCUAAUCCAUAUGUAGAACUGAUAUAGCAAUGCCAAGUAACGAAGAUGGCAACACACUACACUUAAUUCGGAAUACCAUGAAGGGGAGGUGUUUUUUUAUUACCAUUCUUAUGGUAUAUAAAUAGUUUCUUGUUUGUUUUGCUUGUAGAGACAUUGGUGCUAUGCAGGUGAAUUUUUGCAGAGUUGUAGAUAUAUACCACAUCGCUUUUUUGACAUGAAUUGUGAACAUCUCUCUCUAUAAGUAAACAUCUUUAGCAAUA